CAUGCCUGUCAAAUAAUCAGCUGUCAAAAACACGAAAAGGAAAACACGGUGGGGGUUAUGUUUGUUUAAGACCCUCCAUCAUCUCGUGGUGCCGUAUUAUGGACGAGCUGAAGCUGAAAGCUGGAGAAAAGAUCGGUGCUUUACACGAAGCAGCAAAAACAGCAGCGGGUACUGGCCGGUCCCGGGUCGAGGAUGCUGUCAACCACACCGUUGAUGUCCUUAACAAGAUCCGCGAAGCGUUCAACGACAUCUGGCACCACGAGCUGAUAGCGGAGGGCCGGGACCGCAUCGCGGCCUGGACGAGAGACGCGGCGCAGCGGAUCAGAGAUGGCACACCCCCUCUUUCUCCUGUUCUUCUUUAUGAGGAGUUGGUGGCGCUGUUUACAGAUCGAGUAUGGCGUCGCAGUAUGGUGAUAUUCGCUUGCGGCCUAGCGUUGGGCGGCGGCUGCGGGCUGGCCGUGGGGCUCCGCUGCGGGACCCACGUGCCCAGCGGGCCACAUGCGCGCGCAUUACACGCGCAGAACGACCAGAGCGUCAUUCUCGUUGAGGAUGCCACAGCGCCGGCGGCGGGCGCGGGCGAGGUGUUGGUCCGCGUGCAAGCGUUCAGCGUGUGCCCGAGCGACCGCGCCGCCCUGCGCGGCCGCGGCGCCGGGCUGCGCGCGCUCUGCGGCCGCGCCCAGCCCGUCGUCGGCCGCGGGUUCGCAGGAGUGGUACUGGACGUGGGGUACGGCGUGGGCCACUUGGAGCUGGGCGACGAAGUUUGGGGCUGCGUCAGCGAAUGGAGCGGGGGCGCAGCCACCGAAUUACUUACGAUACGCAGUACUCGAGUGAGCAAGCGGCCUCACGGCCUCGCAGCGGACGCGGCGGCCUCGCUGCCCUGGGCCGGAGGCCUCGCCCUGCGCGCCCUGGAGCGGCUGCGCUGUACCUCGGAAUGUAAGGGGAAACGCAUGGUGAUCUGCGGCGCGGCGAGCGGCGAGGGCUGCGCGUUAAUACAACUACUGACUGCUCGAGGCGCACACGUCUCUGUUCUAGCCCCAAGGAGAGCUAGGAACGCUUUACAGAAUUUAGGAGCACAUGAAUACGUGGAGCUAGACGCCAACAACCACAGCACGGCGCCGUGGGCGGCGCUGGCGCAGCACGGCGGGCGCGCGGGCCCGUGGGACGGCGUGCUGGCGUGCGGCGGCGCCGGCGCGCCCGCCGCGGGCUGCGCGCCCGCCCGGGCGGCGCUCAAAGCUACAGCUGCGCGCGACGCCGUAGUGGAGCUCCGCCCCACUCCUCUGAUCACGGACCGGCUGCCCAUCCCCUUGUCGGUCAUGUUCGCCGCGUCCUUCUAUACUUUCAGAGUGUUGAGGUGGGUGCUCGGCUGUGGGACCCACACGGACUGGCUGGAAGAGAAGCAAAGGCUAGCCGAUGGUCUGACCUCUCUGGCUUCACUGGUGAAUGAGGGCACACUGCGCCCUGUACUGGAUAAGGUAUACUUACCAGAGGACUUCGAGGCUGCCCUAGCACACGCGUGCAGCGACGAGGCCCUAGGCACAACCGUCAUCAGGUUCCCUUAACCGUGCACUUAAAUAAAGCAACUUUACCAGUGAACCACGGAUCACGGCACGCGCGUUAACCCCCUUGGUUAAAAAAAAUGUAUAGUCGUUCGAUUUGAAGCUGGCCCGAAGCGGCUAAUCUUUUGUCUAUUGUUAACUAAAACCGAGCAAAAAAAAGGGUCGUAUAAUUAUAAUUGGCACCUGAGCGCGGGCUAGUCCAGCGCUCAAAAAACCAGUGUAAGUGUGCUCUCCGAUAACGCGCCUUUGUUACGCAUAUCGAGGACACAUUUUAGACUGGAUCGGUAGCGUUCGACUCGCCGGCACUCAGUAACCGUAUAGGGACCACACAAGAAAUCGCAAAUUAUUUUUCCAUUUAUUCAUUUUGAAUCUUAUUUCAAUUACCAUAGGAGUUGUAAUUAAAUAAUCGGUUAAAGUGACCGGGCCCUUUUUUGCAGGUAGUGGCACGCGCCAUUUUAGUUAACUAUAGACAAAGGAUAAGCCGUUGGGGGCCAGCUACAAAUCUAACGACUAUGCCCGUGGCCUUCGGGUUAGUGCCAGAACUGAGUGAAUGAAAAGUGAGCGGCCUGGCGCAGCAUCUAUCCUCCUAAGGCCCAAGGUCCUACCUAUAGGACUUAUUCAGUUUGAUGAAAUUUAAAUCACAUUCAAUUGGAACAGUCGAAUUUGUUUUGUUUAUUUCCGUUUACAGACAAAGCAAAAUCAACUCUAUUUCCUACGCUGUAGGUUCAAAGGGUGUAGCAGGAUAGCCUAGGAAAAACUGCCCCCAGCGAUUUUGGGCCGAAACUGUAAUCAAACGAUGCCUUUUGGGGAGGUUAUACUCUGCACAAAGUUUCAUCCCUCUGUUACCCCCUGGGGGUGAAAAACACCCGAUUAACCCCAAAACUGUUUUAAUUAUUUUUUCCUAAACUAUGAAAGUGACGAAUUUGAAAUUUUGUACAAAUAUUAAUAAGACUAAAAGCUAUGUGCUAAAAAAAUAUUAACCCCCUAACCAUUUAAAUUCUUGUAAAAAAAACAAAAAUAAAAAAAGAAUCACCCUGUAUAUCAAGUUUGGCUCAUGGUACACACACCAUUUUUUUUUUCAAAAAUGAACCAGUUUAUAUUCUACAUUAUACAAAAGUUUCAUGGACCUACUCCAGAAGGAACAUUGCGAAAUUAAUAUGUAUUGGCUCUUUGGUGCGUACUAUUCAUUGAACUCCCACUAAGAGCCUUGCAUUAUUAAUAAACAAUGGCUUGCGAUCGGACCGCUGCUCGUGCCCGAUUUGAAAAAGGUGGGGAUAAAGAAGUAUGAAUCAAACUCAUUUGUAUUUAUAAAAACAUUUUUAGGGUUCCGUAGUCAACUAGGAACCCUUAUAGUUUCACCAUGUCCGUCUGUCUGUCUGUCCGAGACUUUGCUCCGUGGUCGUUACUGCUAGAAAGCUGAAAUUCGGCAUGGAUAUAUAAAUCAAUAAAGCCGACAAAGUCGUACAAUAAAAUAUAAAAAUUUAAUUUUUUUGAGGGUACCCCAAAAAUUCACCCCUACACGUAAAGUGGGGGUAAAUUUUUUUUUUGCUUCGAUCCUACAGUGUGGGGUAUCGUUGGAAAGGUAUUUCAAAACUAAUAGGGGUCUUCAACAAACAUUUUUUGAUAAAGUGAAUAUAUUCGGAGAUAAUCGCUCCGAAAGAAAAAAAAAAUGUGUCCCCCCCCCUCUAACUUUUGAACCAUAGGUCCAAAAAAUAUGAAAAAAAUCGUGGAAGUAGAGCUUAAGAAAGACAUUAAAUGAAAACUAUAGCGGACAUGAUCAGUUUAGCUGUUUUUGAGUUAUCGCAAAAAGUUUCCCCUUCAUAGUAAAAAGACUUUAAUUAGGUACUGAUUGUGCAAAUUUGCCUAUUUGUUUAACUCGCGUGAAAGGUACCGUUUCAUCCCUUGGUUAAAUUGUGACGGAAGAGUAACUACGGAACCCUACACUGAGCGUGGCCCGACAUGCUCUUGGCCGGUUUUUUUUAGUUAUUUUGUUUUCGGGUCCGACGAGACGUUGCGUAUUAAGCAUGAUAUGAGUAUAAUGAUUAGUGGCUACGAAAUAGUACGUUUAUUUUAAUUUCGCAAUGUUACUUCUGGAGUAGGUCCAUGAAACUUUUGUAUAAUGUAGAAUAUAAACUGGUUCAUCUUUGAAAAAAAAAAUGGUGUGUGUACCAUGAGCCAAACUUGAUAUACAGGGUGAUUCUUUUUUUAUUUUUGUUUUUUUUACAAGAAUUUAAAUGGUUAGGGGGUUAAUAUUUUUUUAGCACAUAGCUUUUAGUCUUAUUAAUAUUUGUACAAAAUUUCAAAUUCGUCACUUUCAUAGUUUAGGAAAAAAUAAUUAAAACAGUUUUGGGGUUAAUCGGGUGUUUUUCACCCCCAGGGGGUAACAGAGGGAUGAAACUUUGUGCAGAGUAUAACCUCCCCAAAAGGCAUCGUUUGAUUACAGUUUCGGCCCAAAAUCGCUGGGGGCAGUUUUUCCUAGGCUAUCCUGCUACACCCUUUCAGUGGCAAAUUACUGGAGUUUCAUUUGUGUGGCUAGGCCUUAGGAGGCUAUGGCUACAAUGUGACAGACGGACGGACAGAGUCGUACCAGGGUCCUUAUGUACAUUUUUAGCACGGAACUCUAAAAAAAAAAUGCAAAACCUUGACGACAAGCACGCCGAACGCUUCGCUAUACGCUCGCCAUACCCUUCAUACCUACUGAGGUUAAAUAUGCGUAGAUUAACACAGAUGGCGCUGUAAGUGAAAUUGUUCUGAGCGACAGGUGAUAAUUUGAAUUCAAAUUUUAAGUUACGAUGUUUCUGGAGAAUCCCCAAGAUCUUGUGGAGUUGAGAAGUAUCUCGGGGCAAAUAAAAUCCAUCAAAAUAUGCUGCUUUGUUAUUGCAAUUUUAAUCAUAUUCUGACACGACAAAAAUACCAAGAAAAUAUAAACCAUAGACUAUGAAAGGUAGAGGUAAAGAAUACAAUCUC